AUGGCUAUUGAGACUCGUGUGCACAAUAUUUGGAACAAUCUCAUAGAAUCCGCCUCCCACGCAACAGGCUCUCUCCUCAUCUGGGACACCGGCGAGUACGAGGUCCUGCCGCGGAAGCAGGAGCACAACACCCGCAGCACUGACGACGAGCUCUCCGACGACAACACCGAUCAAACCCAGGACACCCGCACCCACAGCGAACGCCUCUUCACAAGCUUCCAAUCCCGCCACAUCCGCCUCCGCCUCCACGGCAGCAGACUCCCGCACAACUACACCAUCGCCCUUCGCCUCCCAUCAGCAAACGACCGCUCAGGCCAGCCGAAGAAGCCGAUCCGGAAACGCCGGCGCGUCGACCCUUCCAAACCCACCAAACCAAAACCAUCAGACUCGACCGGAAGCGAAGCAAGCGACUCCGAACUCGCCCUCUCUGUCACCACGCCAUUCACCGAAGACGCAGCAGCCGCCCUCGCCUCCGAAGAAGAAUCUAACGAGGACGAGGAUUCGACCAUCCGCGCCAACAACGCAUACAGCGGCGCCAUCAACACCAUCGGCUCCGUGCACCAGCGGAAUUGGUUUUUGACGCUCGAUAGACGGAACUCUGGGUUUCGCAAAGAUCGCAAAAGCAAUCGCUGGGUGGGCGAUUGGGAGGCGUUCUUCGUGCGGGGACGAGAGUAUGAGCGCAGUGUCGUCACAGGACGGACCGCGGAUGAAGUGAUGGAGGAUGAGGGGGUGGAGAAGUUUGUGGGGAGGAAGAUGUGGAGGCCGAUAAUGGAGUGA